AUGGCGGGCAACAGGACAGCAGAACAGAAGUUUCUUGCUCCAGCUUAUUUUCAGGUCUUGCGUCCUAAAAUCUCUCCAAAGAAAGAUGAAUCAGCUUCUAAAAAGCUUCUUCCCCCGACUGAAUAUAACCUGGUGAGAGAAAAAGAUGCAUUGAGUGCGGGAACUGUAGCUGAAAUAAACAAAUUACAGAAUGAAAACGAUCAACUGAAAUUGCAACUUGACAAGUCAAAAGAAAGGGAAUUACGCCUUGAGGCGGAGAUUCGACAGAAAGGACUCUUGUUACAGAAGGAACGAGUCGAUGACGCUCUGGAUUUUAAAAGAAUGGCUGAGCUGCAAGAGGAAAAUCUGUCAGUGCAAUCGGAGGUAAGAAAGCUCGGUAAUUUAAAUGCAAAGCUGAAAACAGAUCUCAAGGAGAUGAAAUCUAACUUUGAAACAGACUUGGAAAGGAACGAAACAGAGCUUGAUAAAGCAAAUUCGUUGAUCAAGGAGCUCAAAUCUGAAUUGAGGCAAAAAGAGGAAAUAUUCGAGCACGAACUGGAAAGUUUAGAGAAACGCUCCAGAAAGCAAGUGGCAGUGAUAAAACAUUUAAAAGCUGAAGUCAAAAAUGCUGAAGAGCAAGUCAAGAUAGAUAGAAAGGGAUUCGAAGACGUGAUAAGUAAAAAUGAGUUUGACAAGUAUGAGCAAGUUAAAGCAUUGGAGAAAAGACUCAGUACAUGUGAACUAAAGCACUCCCAAGAAUUACAGGAACUGAGAGAUGAAAUUUCAAGAAGACAACAGAUUCACCUUGAGGUGUCAAAUGAAUUGACUGUAACAGGCAAUGAACUGAAGACCGUGAAAGAUGAAUUGAAAGCAAAAGAACAAGAACAUACAACAGUGAUCAGUGAAUAUCAAGAAAAGCUUCAAAACAGUAAGCUGGAAUUUGAUAAAACUCUUGAAGAACUUAACUGUAAAAUUGAAGAACUGAGGAUUUUAAAUAUCAAAGAAGUUGAAAAUGUAACAGGUAAGACGGUUAGACAGUUACAGUUGUAAUCAUUAUUUAUUUUGGUCUCACCCUGGAGUGAGUUUGGCACCCUUCAAAUAAUUUUAUGAACAUUACUCUACUCCUCAAAUUUCAAAAUAUGCAAUCUGUGUAUACAGUGUAUUAGACCCACCAACAAAUGGCAAUGAAGAACAAGAGAAAAGUUGUGUGUUAGAUCUUAGUCUUAGUCCUGUGGGACGGAGGGUGGGGGGGGAGGGGGUGCUUAGUGGGACUACAGGCUUCUAUAUGCAAAAAUGAAGAUCAUGAAUUCUCUCUUUACUUGUUUAUGAACAAAGUGAGAAAAAUUUUAAAAACCACUUUAUUGUACAUGUAAAUAUAAGUUUUCUAAUUGUUGUGUUCUACAAUGUAAUGUUUUCAGAAUAUUAAAAAAAUUGUUAUCUUCCUAACCCUGUAAGAGAAAUUUUAAUAAUGUAUAUGUCACAGGUCAAAUUUAAAUUCAGGUUAAAAUUUUUUAACCUAGGUUGAUUCUCAAUUUUCUUUGUCUCCUAGCCAUAAUUAUGUAUGAAUCCCCUUGCUAGAAGACAAAGGAAAUUGAAAAUCAACCUGGGUUAAAAAAUUUUAAUUUGGGCCCAGUUGUUUGAAGGCUGAUUAGUGCUUAACUCAAGGUCAAAUUAAACCUGGGUUUCUUUUUCUUGUGUUCAAAAGCAUUUUCUUGGAUAAUUUUCUGUGCUAUUUUUAGAGCUUCCAAUCAUCAACUUGUAGACAAAAAGAAUUAAAACUGAAAUGCUUUUUAAGCCUUCAAAUCUGAAUUCAAGUCUCGUACUAACCCUGGGUUAUUUUAACCCAGCUUUUAACAACUCGGCCCUCCUAAAAGAAAAUUUUAAAUCAAGAAAUAGCUGCUUAAGUCUUCAAAACAUGGACUGGGGAAGGAAACUGUAUAUUGUCUUGGUUGAAUGUAUUUCUUAAUAUGUCUUUAAAGCAAAGCUUGUAAAGAAAGAUGAAGAAUUGAAAUCUCAGACAUCCACAGUAGAUCAGCUGAGGGCAUACAUAGGAGAGAACCUUCCAAAUGUACAGAUUGAAAAUCUACAAAAAGAGAUUGAAGAGGCAAGAGAACACAUGGCAAACCUACUCCAGGAAAAUGAACGUCUAAGGUCCACUGUUGAACUUCUGAAUGUGAGGCUCUCAUCAAUGAAUGAAAUCCUGUUGAUUCAGGAGUCUGAACUGUUAAAAUUUCAAAGUAAAUUUGUGAGAGAUCCUGGAGAUCAAGAAGAUAGCUUGCUCACAAAAUGGCGAGAGAAGGUGUUUGCAUUAUUGGUUCAGUUGAAAUCUCAGCAGAUUUUGCAUGAGAAAGAAGAAAGAAGUGGACAUGCACAGGUAGGCAUCUCUGGGUUUUUAAAUAGAAUUUAUUCUGAAGGUUUUGUAGAAUCCAUGGUUUGUAGACAGUAGGAUCAUGGAAUGUGAAGGAUGUUUGUGUUCUAUAGAAUUAUCUAAGCAAUGUGAUGUGGUAUUGAUAGCUGGACAUUGGCCAAGUUGUCAAGUUCUUUUUUGCAUUUUGGUUGAAAGAGAUGGAGUCAAAGUCGAUAGAAAUGUGCACAAAAGUAAAGCAAGGCCCAUUUCCAGCUAUCUUGGUCAAUAAAUGAUUUGUUAUGAUAUUAUUGGCCAAGAGAAAAAAGGUUUUCUUCUUAAAAGAAAGUGAAUACCCGAGAGGUGCCGUGCUCUAGAACUUUUUUUCCGAUCAUUUUAUUAACUCUUGUAAUUUUAAACAGUUUUCCUGUAAAGUGAAAAGGGAUCCGAUAUUUAAGGAGCUCAAUUUCAACAGUCUAUGGGUCCAGUCGGUACCCAAGAGAUUAUAUAAUUUUUAAAUUUAAACUUUUUAAUCAGUGAAUUUUCAUGUAAUUACAAAAUCUUAAAUUUUAAUCGUUAUUUUUAAUGUUUAAAGUACAUUUUUUAGCUUUUUAAUUUUUAUAUAAACAGUAGUUAGAUAAGAAUGAUUAUAUAUAUAAUUUUUUUUAGUAUACAUGACCUCUCAAGCAAUUUACUGCUUUUAUUCUGAUCGUGUUUAAAUAAAGGAUAUUCAUUCAUUCAUUCAUUCAAUCAUUCAAUCAUUCAGGCACCCUUUCAGGUAGCUAAUCUGAACACAGGAUUUGCUUCCUCUUGAUAGCAUAAUAAAAGGGGUUAUACCGCCAUUUAUGGCUUCUACAAGAUCUACAAUGUACAGGAGGCUGCUGUGAGCCUUUUCUGAUUAAUUUUUAUACCCUUUGCAGCUUGAUCACAAUAAGAUAUAAAUCUCCUAGACAAACUGCCACGCAAUUGUCUCAAGACUCUCACAUGUUGUUGAAAACCAAAAAUUUUCUAUUGUCAUAUACAUGCACUGCUUAGAAAAGAUCUGUAAAAAAUUACAAUGUAAUUAUUGUUAAUCCCAGUGGUAAUCUUGUACAAGCUCACAAGAAAUUGCAAAAGAGAAUAAUUAAAUAUGAUUUUCCCUACACUACCCAGAAAGAUGCAGACAAAAGUAGAUACAGGGACCUGUAGGUCAGCAAGGACCUUAAAGCCAGUUUAUUGCAAAAUGACCACAAGAUUAUUACGGACCACACCUAACAAACCCCCUAUGAUGAAAAACAAACUUCUAAAGGAAAAGAAACUAAGUAUGGCACCACCACAAUUCUUCCUAGCCGACCCAGUCCUCUGGUCCAGGCCGGCAAAAUAGCUAUUUCUGUCCAUUCCAUUAUUUUGCACUGUCAGAAAUACCAUCUUUUGUUGUAAUGCUCUUCUGAUUGCUAUUUACAGGUAAAGCAUUUGAUGAGAGAGCUCGAGGAAUGCGAGAAAGAGGCAGCCAUGUUAACUCAUGCUUUGACUGACAAGAAAGCUGAACAUCAGAUUGAAGUAAACAGAAACCUUGCUUUGGAAGAACAACUUGAGAAAAGUCAACAAAAUGAGAAAAAGUUGGAGUCUUUGGUUGUAGACUUUCAAUCAUCAAUUGCUGGACUAAAUGUAGUUGCUCAAAGAAUGGAAUCCUUUGUGGGACAUGUUGGCACUCAGAUGGAGAAUGCUUUCAGAAAACUUGCAGUGCUCUCUCAGCGCAUUAAUUUUGCAUCUGGGCGAGUACAGUUUCUUCAAGGUUUGUGUACAGUGGAAAAAUUGAAAUCAAUUUGUUACUCCUGUACUUCAGACUGGACUCUGAACCUUUUUUGUCACAUCAGAAGUACAAUUAUGAUUAUGAACUUAUUUUCUUACAUACGCUGUUAAUUAACCUUGUUUGUUAGGUUUACUAACACACCGAGAGGCACAACUGAGAAAUGAACUGUCUGAGGCAUUACUGAUUAGUAAAGAUGAUAACAGUCCACAGUCUGUGCUUGCUGGUAAGUAAAAUAACAUAGAAACUGUUGCAGAUCACUGAUUCAGUUUUAAGAAAUGUUAAUGGUGAUCUGGGUUACAUACCAUUUAUUUUAAUACACAGGGAAACUGGAAUUUCCAGUAAGAUAAUAAAAAGUUUGCAUUGACCAUUCUGUGUGGAGGGCUUCAGAACAUAUGAGCUGUCAUGUGAGGCAAUGCAAUAUUUCAAUACUCUCUUAAGUCUGUGCGGCUGAUUUGGAUAAUACUUUCUUGUGGGUCACUCUCCUGCAGUAAGGGCAAUUUUGUUGCCUUUAAGAAUCUUCAAUGGGUGUCUUGUGCUAAGUGAUUUUCUUUUGUUUACCCACUUCUUCAGCACUGUCGGAAAUUUUACACAAACGUGACAGCUGAAAGAAGGUUGUGUCAUUGGUACAGCAAAACCUCGAUUUAACAAACCUUAAUGAAGUCCUUGGUAUACAAACAAUAUUCCUAGCUGCUGUAAUGGUAAAAUAAUGUGAGAAAAGAACCAUGAUAUAAUGAGCCUGCUUAAUUAUAGUGAACAUAUUUUGUCAGUGAGUCCCUUGGCCCUUUGUAAUAUUGAGAUUCCACUGUAAAUAAAAUGGCCUUACAUUUUAAAAUUUACCUACUCACUUUAAUGGCAAAACUGAACAACACAUGAUCUGGUUGCCAACCAAAAUAAACUCUAACCACCAACACUCUCAAUAAACUUUGAUUACUACUAGCUGUUGAUUAUAGCAUUUAUGUAUGCACUCAUUCCAACUUUACAUUUUACUUGUCUUUAAUUUUCCGCAGAAAAUGAUGUGAUUGAACCAGAACAAGAACUCUCAGAUUAUCAACAGCUUGCUUCAGAAGUCAAACAACUUACAGCAGAAAGAGACUACCUGUUAGCACAAGCAAGGAAAGAAUCUGAGAGUUUAGAAAGAAAAGAGACAGUAAUUAAAGCACAGUUUGAGGAGCAACUUCAAGAACUCGCUAAUAAAAUAUCACAGGUAAUACUAGUCUUGUUUCAAGUCAGAGACAUAAUAUUAAACCCUAUUACAUUACAUUAUGCAACUCAUGUAUAUCUGUUGUGCAUUGAAUAAUUUUUCCUUGGUUCAAAUUUUUUCCUUUGUUUUGGGGUGUGGUAAUUAAAUGAAUUAUGAUAAUCGGUUUUUCACCAAAGGAAAAUAAAGUUGAACAAAGGAUAAAACUGAAUCAAACAUUAAUUUUAUUAUCCACCAAGCAAUAUUUUUCUUAUGUAUUAAGGCUUGUAAUCUUAUGAUAAAAUAUCUCAUGUUUUUCUUGGACAAAGAGGCGAAGUAUCGGUGUUGCGCUUCAUAACAGGAUUGAUUGAUCUUAUUCCAAUAUUAAUAAUUUCCCAGAAAAAAGAUUAUUGAAAGAUUGAAUUAAGUGUUUGGUUCAUGGAUCUGAGCUGCAGUGAUUUUGCUAAGUCGGUUCCUCUGUUAUUGGUUUUGUCCUGGGACUGGUCACUUUUGGGAAAUUUUCUUGGCUCAACACAGUUUAGAGGAAAGUUUCUUGCCUAAGAGGGCUAAGAUAAUGAUGUUGUGGAAAAGUCGUAGAACAUGAAAUAAAUAAACAUUAUGACAGCGGUCAGUACAAAAUUCAGACUGGGUAGAAUAUGCAGACUAGGUACAAAAUGCAGAAAGUAGACUGCAGACUAAGAAAAAAACGCAGACUGAGAAGAAAAAUAGUUUUCUUUUUUUCUCACCAAUAUAAUAACUUACAUAUUGUCACGCAAUUGCUGUUCCAUGGUCAUCUUCCAUGGAAAUUCAGGAAACAUGUUUUUGUUCUUGAAAUGGGCCAAAAACAUUAUAUAAUUAUGUACAAAAGUGGCAGGUUGAAAUCCCAAUAUUGUUGCAAGUUUUGAAGUGGUUACGGCUGUGUUUUCAUCUGAGCGCAUGAUGUUACGAUGGCUAAAAAUAGGCGACGGGAAACACAUGACGCCUGCACUUAGUUGUAUUGGAGGUUUUAUGUCCUUCAGAGCUUCGCCCUAAGAGGUCCUUUAAGGGAUUUUCCCUUGCAAUAUAUGAGGGGAGGCUCCUUAAAGAUUGUUAAUUUGCAGUCAUUGCCUCGAUUGCAUUACUUGCAAUGACAUCAGGAUUUCAACCUGCUACUUUUGAAUAUAUAAAAUAGUUAUGGCCCAUUUCAAAAACAAAAAAUGUUUCCAGAAUUUCCGUGGAAGAUGACCAUGGGACAGUGAUUGUGUGACAAUACAAAAGUUAUUAAAUUGGCGAGAAAAAAAAGAAAACUGUUUUCUUAGUCUGCAGUCUGCUUUUUGUACUGACUGAUUAUGAUAGAUGUAUUAAUGUUUCAUAUAAUACUAUGUCGACAACUUUCUUGCAGUUGGAUUUAUUGUUGAAAGAUGAGAGAGAAAGAAGUGCAAUCCUCAACGAAAAGCUACAAACUGCUGAAGCUGAGUUGUCAGAGAGACUGGAGUCUAUAGAGGCACUUAAAUUAGAAAUGGCAAAACACAAAGAUGUGGCUGAUAAAAGUAAGACCUUACAUGUUUCCAUUACAUUUUCAACAUAGAAAGUUUUUGGAAAAUUAUUCCUUUUUAAUUCUGAGUGCUCAAUAAAGUAUGGUUAAUUCAGUAUGAUCACUUCCAUCACUACUGACAAUUGCUGAAAAAAAGUAUAGCUUGUUAGGAUUGUUACAGUGCAGCUACUACAUGACUUAAGGUUGGAUGGUAGUGACAAACACCGCAAUGUAAGCCAAGACAUCACAGCAUCAUUAUUCAGCAAUUAGUUUUGUUGUUGUCCUUAUUUAAUGCUCACAGGGAGUCAUGGGAAAUCUGCUCAAAUUCUGCCUCCAUGCUGUCAGUAGUCUAUACAUCGUCUAACAUUGGUUAAUUCGCUAUUUGCACACCUCCAUAAUACCCCUUAUUUGCCCCCAAAAUCUUGCAUAUUAACCUUUUUUUUUCAUUUCUCCUGGGUAUUACAGCCAUCCCAAGAGAAACUGAAGACAAUGCUUAUGCAAAAUUUUGGGAGGCAAACAAGGUUUAUUUUGGGACAUGUGUAACUGGUGAAUGAUAAAUAUUUUGCUCCAUUCGAAACUUUUGCGAUCAAAAUAUUAUUUAAACUUUUGUGUUUUGUGUUGCACAUUGGCUCACAAACUACUCUGUACUUUCUCAGAAUGUAUUGUUAAUUUCUUGAAAAUAUCCAGAAUUAUCCUAUCAAUACAUGUAGUUGUGUGUUGGACAUGUUUGGUCAUGUAAAGAAGGAGACGUACAGCAAAUGAAAUCAUUAGUGGGGGUAUUUUUGAUGGAGGCUAAUGGAGAAUGGAUCUUAUUCACCAUACAUUUUUGCAAACUUUUGCUCGGAAGUUCUUCAACAAUUAUUGUUCAUUAAAGUAUACCUGGGAAUGAGUCUGAUAACUUGCCCUUGCCUUUUUUUUUCAGCCCCUUUUUUGGCUUAUGGAAAUCGCUUCAAUGUACAUCUUGUGUUUAACAUAAUGAAAACUGUCCUUUUGUUGCUUAUUAGAUUUGGAUAAAGCCUUGCAAGCUGAACAGGCAAGGUUUACAGAAGAAUUUGCCAAACUAGAAAAGCAGUUCAAUGAUGUUCGCCGUGAACACACCAAAACAGUUGUAACCCUUAGACAAGCAGAGAGGCAGGUUGAACGAGAAAGGGAAAAACAUUCUGAACAACUGUCUCUACAGAGAAAGGAAUAUGAAAUGAAAUUAGAGAAAAGUCAGUUACAAGUGCGUCACUUGGAAAAAGAGAGAAACAUGCUUAUGGCCACAGUAAGACAGGAGGGCUUCAAAGUUCCAAGGCUUCGACCCAAGGAAUAUUCAGGUGUGUCUCGUAAGUCCCUCACACAUGAUUAUAAAAAUAUAUAGUUAUGUAAAAACAUAACAGUUACAUUUCAGUCAGUCGGAUGUAUGAUUGCUUUUAAUGCUUUGAAUGACAAAAAUAAUAUUAAAAUUAAUAACUUGAGAAAAAUUAUCAUUUUGGAAGUCUACCAGUAAUCAUAAUUUGGGACUUUUCUGAAACACAUCAAGUAGAAACAAAAAGAAUUAUUGGCAGCAGUCAAGACAGGACUUGUACUUGGUGCCAACAGAUUGCAAGGCUAGCCUAUCUUAUACUGUGCUGUUCUUGCAACAUGAAUCAAAUUAUCUCAUAUUUUGUUGUAGAAGCAGAAAAGGAUGACGAGAAAGAAAACAGACAAACUGAUGUUCAUGGGAAAAGGCCAAUAAAGACCAGCAGAAGAAAAGGUAAACAACUUAUUUCAGGAAAAUCUGAUACAAGAACUACAACUUCUUCAGAUCAAAAUCAAGCAAGACAGUCAUGUCAAGGUAGUGUGAGUGAAGAAAUGAACCUCAUGGAGAUGACAUCUAUGCUGAAAGAUUUACAUUCAUUAUCUACAGCUCUUUUGACCGUGGACAAAGAAAAUGGUGAUGAUUCUCAACAGUCAUUGUAAACUAUUGUCAUGGUGAAAACAUCAAGUGGGAAAGAACAGAGAGGAUGACAGGGAUAUUAUCUUUUAACCAGAUAGUUGACCAGUGGCAGGUCUAGUUAAGGGGGUCUCUCCGCGCCUUUAAGGGAAACCAAAACUGAGGCCUGCAAGGUCAUUGGCACCAUGAUACCUUGUUUUCCUUCUCCCUCCUUUAGCAUGUUUCAGUCUGCUACUGACAAUACUGUAUUUCGCUGAACAGGUUCUCUCCUCCCAUCGAAAAGAACAGAUUAACAAGAAAAAAAAAAGGGUAUGGGCAGUGGUCAAUAGAAGACCAAUUUACCAAACAAAAUGAUAAUAGUGCUUGCA